AUGGCUAAGAUAGUGGGCUCUAUUGGGAAAUAUGUGAAGCAAGACAGAGCAACCUUGGCCAGGGAGAAGUUGCAAUAUGCUAGGGUCUUGAUUGAAGUCAGUUUUACAAAAGAGCUCCCUAACCAGAUCAAAUUUGAGGAUGAAAAUGGGGAAUACGUUUAUGUGGAAGUGCAUUAUGAAUGGAAACCUGAUGUUUGUAUGCAUUGUAGAGGGAUAGGGCAUCGACAGGAAUUGUGUAAAAAGAAAGGUCCCCAGGGUGCUUCAUCAAAAAUCUGGCAGGAAAAGAAGAAGGAAGAUCUAAAUUCAGAUUUGAGGCAGAGUGGCAAGUUGGUGAUACCGGAUAAGGGUGAUCCUGUGAUAACUUCAGGGGUAGUGCAGCAGAACAGAGGACAGCAGGGCAUAAUGGCUAAGAAUAAGGGGAUAACAGAGAGCAACUCCUUCUCGUUGCUUGGUCAAUUUUCAGAUACUGAAGUUCAGGCUGGGGUAGUGUUACAGGAAAUGAGGUCCAAUAUGAAUGGAGGGGGAGAACCUCCAUUCACAAAUGGAUAG